UUGUGGAGAAUUUAGCUGCUUAUAGAGCCGACUGUAUCGACCGUUUGAUGAGAGAAGGCUGUGACUUGGACCCUGUUAUUGGUGAUACAGAAGAAGAGAAGCUACUUCAAGAAUAAUCCUGUUAAAACCCCAAUCACUUGUAUAAUGAGAGAAUGGCGGCAGGUCGCAAGAGUCUGUUCAUAUUCCUCAUGGGCCUCGCGUGGAAGUGUCGCUUCAGUAUGCCGCUGCUGCUGAGCGGCACCGUGGCCAUACUGGGCCGCGCCUGGAUGUUCCAGAUACACGUGCGCACCGUCCGCAGGCUGCACGAGAGCGAGCUCGCUUAUUACGAUGAUGAAGAGGAGCCAGAUGACGACGAGGGUUCGUGGGAAACAGAGUCCACAGACUCUUGGGAGACCAUCGUGGAGGAGGUCGCUUACGGGUAACGAUUGUCGUCCUCCAUUAAAAUGUAAACAUCAGACCAAGUACUAUGGUUAAAUAACUACAAUACCUAUUUAUAUUGACAUAUUAUCAACUAUGAUUGUUGAAGAAACUGGCUGGAAAUAAUUGAUAAUUUUGAUCUCUGUAUUAGUGCUCUAUGGGAAUUAGAACUUAACGAAAAUAAUUUAUGGUGUUCGAAAUUUGAUUUGCUUUAGGAUUAAUGCACACUGCGAUUUUAUUCUCUUAAUAAUCUUAAAUAUAAAAUAUAAGGAAAAAAAAAUCGUAAAUCACAGUGUGUGUUACGCUUACAUAUUUAUUUUUUAAUUUUACAUAUCUUACGUAAAAUUUUCACAAGUAAUAACAAUUAUUUCUUUACGGCAUGGAGUAAAUGCAUGAUGCAUUAGAAAUGCUGUACAAGAGAAUGAUUCUUUUUUAUUGAUUAUAUUAAAAUUAUAAUCAUUUUGGUUUUAAAUAUUGUUUUAAAUUGUUAAAAGUCCUAAUAGCAGUCAAUGUCACAAUAUGCAUUAGUACCUUCAUACAAAUGUAAAUAUGAUUAAAUGUAUAUUUAUACUGUAAAUUAUAACAUUAGCAGAUACAAUUUAUUCAUCCAAGACAUAAACACAUCAGUGAUUACCAGUGACAUUACGACAUCUACAAGCCACAGGUCAAAACCAUUUAAUAUCUAUAUAAAUAUGUUGUAAAGUGGUCCGUAGACGUUCAAGCAGCUGGAAUUAAGUACUUCGAUUUUGACAUCAUUCAAGCGUGAUUGAUCGUUUAAGAAACAUUUCAAGCAAUCAAACCACUAUGUCUUUAAAAUAUAAUGGAAUACUCUGUAUGUAUUUAUUGCACACACAUGUUUAUGCAUAUAAACUUAUCUUUAUGAGCUUGCUGCAAAAGGUCGUAUCAUUCUUCCUGCGAUAACAAAAAAAAAAACAUUAAUAGACUUAAUAAAUGCACCAAGAACUUUGAUCAAGCUUGGUGAAGCUGUUAUACAAGACGCAAAAUACAAUAUAUUCAUUUUUGAUUUAACUUGACCGUCUACGAACCCCAUAAGGGUCAAUUCGCACUAAAAUAAAAUUUGCUCGCGCGCAAUUGCGAUGUAUGUAAUCAAAUUGUACCUUAUUUGUAUUUCCUUUAUGUGUAAAAUUCGACAUAUAUAUAUAUAACUAUAGCGGUAGUACUCACUGUAUAGUAUAAAAUAUGUAUGUAUAAUUGUCGAUAUUCCUACCUUUUUGUACAUGGGAUAUUUACGGUUUAUGGUUCCAUAAUUUACUUAAUUUUUUUUUAUAUAAAAAUUUUACCCUAAUGGUGUUACUUUCAUCCUCACCCAAUAGGUGUCCAUAGGGUGAGUAUUGACUAUACUAGAUAAGUUUUUAAAGGGUUUCCAUUCCAUGUAAUGGGGUCGAUUCUGAAAUGUCUUAAUCUUAAUAAAAAUUUCAUAAUGAUCUAUCUACAAUUAGAAAUAUUUUUAGAUUAUAUAGGUUCGCUCCAUUAAUAUAAAUACAGAAUAUUAAUUAGUGAUUUUACAUUUAAAUUUUACAAAUUUGUAGUAAGUUUAUAUGAGUGAGUUAUAUUUCAGAAUCGGCUCCAAUGUAUAUUAUGCUCAAGUUUAUUAUAAUGUUGGCAGUAGCGGUCACAUCUUAUUAUUUGAUAUUGGUAUAAGCUACUAGGUUUUGGAUAAAUAUUUAAUAAUUCAAAGUACUUAGUAAUUAUGUAGCAGUAGUUUUAUCCGCGACUUUGUCCGCUUGACCAGAGGGUCUACCAUGAAAUAUUUUCCGAAAUUUCGGGCCCGAACGAAACAAAAAUUUGAAAAAUAUUAAAAAAUCAUUCUUUUGGACUUUUAUGGUAGGAUUUAUGACGAACAAAACGUUCGAUUUCAAUAUGAACCGAAAUACAUAAUUGAGUCCGAAAAUUCGGAAUUUCAUUUCAUGGUAGACCCCUAGGAUAUGUUACAUAUAUGUUGAUUGAUCGAGGUAAAAGGUAGCCUACUUCUUCAUCAGAAAUAGUACGUAACCUUUAUAAAUGGUUGAGGCGCCAAUUGGUAAUAAACAAACACAUUUUCAUGUUUAUAAUAUUAGUGAUGAUAAUGAUACGAACGGGUGAUCAUCGUCCAUCAUUUUUAGACAUUUAACUUAAUGUUAACUUUAGGACCUCUUCACACACCGCGGCGUCUGCGCCGAACCGUAUUGUGUACGAUGUAUAGAUUGUUUACGACAUCAUGACACGCCCCUCCAAAAUCCAAACAAUUAAAAUUAUGUAAGUAAAAAUAUUCCCAAGGAAUGUAAUACUACUCGUCAUAGUCGUAGAAUACCGACGGAUCUGAUAGAUAUUAAAUAUAUAGAUCCGUCAGUAUUCUACGACUAUGACGUACUGUGUUCGGAAUACUGAAGAACUUUCCAAUCACAGACACAGCACCACGUCUGUACAUGGUCACACACAUUGAAGUAAAAUCUAUCACCAAUAUUUAGUAAAUAAAAAUUCAUUCGUUCAUUCAAAAGUUGGAGGGACUUGUCAUGUUAACGUAGACAAAUGAAACCGUAACAAUCGCUCCUCAUAAGGAGAUUUGCCUCAUCGGCCACGCGAUUUGGUAUAAUGUUUUAUUUCGACAAUAGGUAAAAUUUUUGUGACAAUUUAUAUGACUUCUAAAUCAUUACUUCCUUUUAUAUUGUAGUGUUUUUUAAUUUGUUUUUUAAACCAAUAUUUAUAUUGUUAUAGACUAGAAUAUUAUUAGAAUAAAACACGAUUAUUCAGUUUCAAGACAAAACUUUUUAACAUACAAAUACAAUGUUACGGACCUUUUAUAAAUUCAGUAUUUGACGGGGUAAAAAUAAAGAUACACCAUACCUAUGAAAAAAAAAAAAAAAAAAACUUGUUAUUACAAGUGAUUAAGUUUUAUUCGAAGGUUCAAAUAUUGACUUAAAAAAGAGAAUAAAAAGUCGUGUGCUGUAACACAUCACAAUUAAAUAUGUCUCAUUUCACUAAUAAAAUUAUAUCAAAUUUUUUACAUAAUUUUGUUUAUUUUUUGCUUAUUUUUUUGUCUACUGUAAUGAUAGUUAUUACAGCGCCGUGUGAAACGGUCUUAAGAAUUUUCAGAGAAAUGAUACGUGCAGUAUCUAAUAAUAAUAAAAGCAAUGUACAUGUUUAAAUUACUUGGGCUGUGUAUUAGGAUAUCGUUUUAAAUUAUAAAUAAAUGACGCAAAUGUUAA